AUGACUCCUCUGGUGAUGUGGCUUCUAUGUUACCCCUUAUUUGUUGCCACUCCUGUUAACUUGAGCCCUGACCCAGCCUGUUCCCUGCUGGGCAACUUUGAGCCCAAUUUCCACGCUGAUGGAGACUUCAUCAUUGGAGGACUUUUCCCCAUGCAUUACAGAGUUGAGCCACCAGACCAGAACUUCACUUACAAACCAGCUGCUCCACGAUGUCAGGGAUUUGACCCCAGAUCUUUCCGCUGGGCACAGACCAUGAGGCUGGCUGUUGAGGAGAUCAACCAGAGUCAGGACCUGCUGCCUAAUGUCACUCUGGGAUACAAGAUAUACGACUCAUGUGCAACCCACGUGGCAGCACAGCGGGCAGUGCUGGCUGUUCUAAAUGGACCAAGUGAAUUUCAUGCUGCUCUUUGUUUUGGUGCAUCUCCUCUCCUGGCUGUGGUUGGAGAUUCUGGGUCAUCUCAGUCCAUCGUUGUCUCGAGAACUCUACAGCCUUUCAGUAUCCCAAUGAUAAGUUAUUUUUCAACCUGUUCCUGUUUCAGUAACCGAAGAGAAUUCCCAACAUUUUUUAGAGUUGUUCCUAGUGAUGACUAUCAGGUUAAAGCCAUUGCUCAUCUUCUGCAAAAAUUUGGCUGGAUGUGGGUUGGGUUGGUCACUGAAGAUGAUGACUAUGCAAGAUUUGCUGUGCAGGGACUAUUGAAGGAAUUUAAAAACACAGGUGUGUGCUUAGCAUACCAUGAAAUAAUACCUAAAGUGUACAAUCAAAAAAGAGUACUUGAAAUCCUUGAUGUAAUGAAUCGCUCCACUGCAAGAGUGGUUAUCAGCUUUGCUGGUGAAGGGGAGCUCUAUCCCUUCUUUCAAGAAUACAUGGAUCAGAAUAUCACAGGGAUCCAGUGGAUUGCCAGUGAAGCCUGGGUAACAGCCUCACUAUUCACAGGCAGUGAGUUCUACCCAUUUCUAGGUGGCACCAUUGGGUUUGCCAUUCGGCAGGGAAAGGUUGCAGGUCUCAGAGACUACCUGAUGAGUGUGGACCCAUUGAGAUACCCCAGUAACCCCCUGGUACACGAGCUGUGGGGUGCCUUGUAUGGUUGCUCUCUCUACCCCUCCAGCAGCAGGACCCAGGCCUCCUCCCAGCUGCCCCCCUGUUCAGGGCUGGAGCCCCUGAAGGAGCACCAAUCUGCCUACCUGAACACCUCCAGCCCUCGUGUUUCCUACAAUGUGUACAAAGCUGUGUACGCCAUUGCUCACUCCCUGCACAACCUCAUCAGCUGUAAGCCUGGGAAAGGGCCCUUCCAUAACUCCUCAUGUGCUGAUGCCACAAACAUUCACCCAUGGCACGUAAGACAAUAUCUUCAAGAGGUUUCUUUCACCAUUUCUGGAGAAGAAGUUGCCUUUGAUGUUAAGGGGGAUUCAAUUCCAUCAUAUGAUCUGAUCAAUUGGCAAAGAGGCACAGCUGGGAAGAUUGAGUUUAAGACCAUUGGUCGGUAUGAUGGAGCACAGAAUGCUGGGAAGGAGCUCUUCAUCCAGGAUGCAAUCGUAUGGACAGGCCAUCAGACCGAGGUGUUGGUGUCUGUGUGCAGUGAGAGCUGUACUCCAGGAAGCCGGAAGGCUGUCCGUCGUGGGGAGCCUCUGUGCUGCUUUGACUGUGUACCAUGUGACGAUGGCAAGAUCAGUAAUAAGACAGAUUCAAUAGAUUGCACAUCUUGUCCUGAAGAUUACUGGUCUAAUGCAGCCAGAACUGAAUGCAUACCCAAAGCGAUUGAGUACCUUUCCCAUGAUGCAAUGGGACUGACCCUGACUGUGAUAGCUGUAGUGGGAGCCUGCCUCACCGUUGCUGUUUUGGCAGUAUUCCUCUACCACAGGAACACUCCAAUUGUCAAAGUCAACAACUCAGAGCUGAGCUUCUUCAUCCUGCUCUCUCUGACUCUGUGUUUCCUGUGUGCGCUGGUGUUCAUUGGAGAGCCUACAUCAUGGUCCUGCAUGCUGCGCCAUACUGCCUUCAGCAUCACUUUCUCACUCUGCAUCUCCUGUAUCCUGGGGAAGACUCUGGUGGUGCUGGCUGCCUUUACAGCCACCAGGCCUGGAAACAACCUCAUGAAAUGGCUGGGACCCAAACAGCAGAGAUUCAUCAUCUCUGCCUGCACCUUUAUACAAGUGAUAAUCUGUGCAGUAUGGCUGAUCACUGCUCCCCCUUUCCCAAACAAAAACAGUCAGUACCACCGGUCCAGAAUAAUCUUGGAGUGUAGUGUGGGUUCUGAACAGGCCUUCUGGUGUGUUCUGGGAUACAUUGGUCUCCUGGCUUCACUGUGUUUUAUUCUGGCCUUUCUGGCCAGGAAGUUGCCAGGCAAUUUUAAUGAGGCCAAAUACAUCACCUUCAGCAUGCUGAUCUUCUGUGCAGUGUGGCUCGCCUUUGUACCAGCUUAUGUCACCUCACCUGGAAAGUUCACUGUAGCUGUGGAGAUAUUUGCAAUUCUAGCAUCUAGUUUUGGCCUACUGCUUUGCUUAUUUGCUCCAAAAUGCUACAUCAUUUUACUGAAGCCACAGAAAAAUACCAAACAACAUCUGAUGAGGAAAGUUGUUACCAAAUAGAACAAUGAUGUUUUAUGUAAUAAAUAAACCUGUAUUCCAUAUUUGGAUUUAGUGACACACAUUGAGAUAUUGCUGUGGAAUUGUUUCCUACUGAGCACUAUAAUUUUGAACACAUAAACAAGGUUCCUUGAUGAUUCCUGUCAGCAUUUACAGUGCUGUUGAAGGAGCUCAAAAGCUGUA